CCUUUUAUGGUAAGGAUAUUCAAGUCUUCUGUCAACCGAGCUGAAAUGAAGGAUUGUCUUACAUUCAGUCCCCCUUUGUUUGUCACUUAUGGCUCGCCCCUUCUUCCGCGGAGAAUUUUCCACGCAGAACCGCUGACGUCUCACGGAAGAGAUACCUCCCGCCACAGUUUCAUGCGAAACACACGGAAACAGCAACGGCACAUAUUUCACGCUUAUCGCCGACUCAUUCUCGAUCAAUCUGAACGUUCAUCCAUGUCUAUCUUUUAG